AGAUUCAAAAGAGCACAUUCGUAGCUACAUGGCGGUAAAAGUUUUGUUUGUAGACUUCUGGUUUUAAUGUCGAUGGUAAAAUGACGACGACUUAUGAAACAAGCUGAACUUACUAAAUCCAUGUAAAACGCCGUCUUUUCUGUCUGUAGUUGAAAGGAAAACAAAAGUAUUCUGGUUAGCUACCUUUAAUGUGUUAGAAGAAACAAAGCAAUGCACUGCAGAUUUUUUUGUAAAAAGUCCAAUGGAUUUCUGUGUAGCCCGACAUUUUUUUCUAGAAUAAUAUUUUUGAAACAAAACAAUUGAAAGAUUGUAUAUAUCAUAGUUAAGUACCAUUCACAAUCGUUAGAUGGAUUUACUCAGUUACAGUCACGUCAUUUCCACCAAUAACAAGCGAAACGUCAAACCAGACAACUGUGCGUGUGAAAAGAGGAGGGAGAAAGGAGGAGUUGAGGAAGCCCUAUAUUGAGUGAUAGGGGCAGAUUAGGCCUUAUGUCACUUUGUGAGCAGUUUUUCUCUACAACAGCGACGAUAGUGGGUAUUUUUGGCCAGCAUUCAGCGGAGAUGGGAACAUCUGGUUACCGGUAGAAGACCCAAAACUAUUCCCACCGAAGUUGUUUACGUUCCUGACUGUGUAUACGUCGCGGCGGCGGUACAAUCUUCCAUACAAUUCAGAUCCUGCAGAUGGGUCAGGGGCUGUGGAGGGUGGCCAGGAACCAGCAGCUGCAGCAGGAGUAUGGAGAGCACUGGGAUGCUGGACCUGGCCUUGACGGAGAUCCCCAGGAUUUGGGGAUGGAGAUGGGGGUUAACCCAGGCCAGGCUCCCCCCUCCCCCGGGGUGGGCGACCUGCCACCUCACCCCCACCCGCGGCGCCACCCCCAGCACUGCCAAGGGGCAGACAUCUACCAGCUGCUACGUGCCCGCCGGGGGAAGGAGCAGCAGGGUUUCAUAGACCUGGAGAUGCUUCCUCCAGAGCUCAGCAUCACCAUCCUGUCCUACCUGAACGCUACAGACCUCUGUCUGGCAUCCUGCGUGUGGCAGGACCUGGGCCACGACGAGUACCUCUGGCAGGGUUUGUGUAAGUCCACAUGGGGUCACUGUUCCAUCUACAAUAGAAGGCUUCCCUAUGGCUUCUCAUAUAGAAGACUCUACAUGAUGCUAGAUGAAGGCAGUCUGACGUUCAACGCUAACCAUCAGGAGGGUAUCAGUUACUUCAUGUCCAAAGGCAUACUGGUGGACCACCCCAAGGAGCUGGCCAAGUUCAUCUUCUGCACUCGCAUGCUCAACUGGAAAAUGCUGAGGGUAUACCUAGAUGAGAGGAGAGAUGUGUUGGACGAGCUGGUCACGCUGCACAACUUCAGUAACCAGUUCCUGCCCAACGCACUGAGGGACUUCUUUAGGCACAUCCACGCCCCAGAGGAGAGGGGAGAAUAUCUGGAGACGCUCAUCACCAAGUUCUCCCACCGCUUCUGUGCCUGCAACCCUGUCCUGGUCCGGGACGUGGGUCUCAGCCCAGAUGCGGUGUAUGUGCUCUGCUACUCGCUCAUCCUGCUGUCUAUAGACUUGACCAGCCCGCACGUCAAGAACAAGAUGUCCAAACGCGAGUUCAUCCGCAACACGCGCCACGCUGCCCAGAACAUCAGCGAGGACUUUGUCGGCCAUCUUUACGACAACAUCUAUCUCAUCGGCCACGUGGCGGCCUAACCGGGAAGUGACGAGGAGUGGAAGUCGGUGAAUACAUGAACCAGUGAUUGCACUGAUGCAAGAUACUACUUUGGACAAUAGUUGUUGCUGGUCAUUCUUAAUAUAGGGUCCUGUACUGCUAGCAAUGAUGCUUGUUUCCAUACUGGGUGGGAGGCGAUCUGUUCUCCAGCUGUAGAGCCAAUGGAGACCAAGUAGCGUAGCGAUUUGGCCCGCCCACAUGAAGUGACAUCUUAAGGUGUGAGAUAUAGCCUCAGACAGGCUAGAUGUAUAUUCAGCACAAAAGUAGCAUAUGACAAUAUAACCAACUACUUCCAGCUUAACCACGCAGAAGUGUAGCUCCAGUAUGUUAACGAAGUCAAGAAGAAGUUAAACAUAUGCCAUGAACAAGGACUGAAUAUUAUUACAGCAACAAUUAGCAGUUGUGGUUCACAUUAUACUCUGUUUUUGUUUUGUGAAUUACUCUUGAGUUUUGAGUUUUAAUAUUCUGGUUUACUUUUUUAAAUUAAUGUUUUUGUUGGAAUGUUUUUUACAAUUAGAGAAACUUAAAAGAAUGACUAAUGGGCUGGUAGAAACUACACUGCAUUUUUGUCCUUAACUUUGUAAACUGGAUUAAAUUGGAUGGAAUGAAUAUGAAUUUCCAAGAGGCACAACAAUAAUUCAUCCAACCACAUUUACAACAUGGAAUCCUUUUAUUUUUAUCAGAGAACUUCAAAGGACUAUUUGCGUCCAUUCCAAAGUAUUUUAUGAGUUGUAAAGUAAUCGCCAUGGGUCAUACUCUGAAUUGAUGUAUGUGGAUGAGUAGAAUGUCCAUGGGAAUCUCAGAGCAUCCAAUUUUGAGUUUGUAAUGUGAACUCUCAUCUGCAUGCAUCUCGGCCGGGUCAUAUUAAUUAGUAUGCAAAAUUGAAAACGUUUUUCACCUACGGAAGACGAAAAUAAAUGUUUCUUAUUGGACAAGUCCAAUUUUGUUUCUCAAUGUUGCAAUCCAUUGUAUUCUAUUUGGUGCCUAAUGAACACUGGUAAUACAGCUCUUGAUUGUUGAUGGAAAAAUAGGUGUCAAAGUUGAGGACAAUUGUUCAGUGAGUUUUUACCUCAGCCCAAGCUGGGAUAGGUAAUGUUGGUAAAUGAAGGUAUCUAUGUUACUUUAUCCUUUUUGUUGACAAGCAUUCUACCCCUUCAAAACAGGCUGAAUCCCAAAUUACAUCCUAUUCCCUAUGUGUUGCACUACAGUUGAACAGGACCCAUAGGGCUCGUGUCAUAAGCAGUGCACUAUAUAGAUGCCUGUGUUUACACAGGCAACCCAAUUCUGAUAAUUUUUUUUCCACUCAUUGGUCUUUUGACCAAUCAAAUCUGAUCUUUUCAUUUCCAGAUCUGAUUGGUCAAAAGACCAAUUAGUGAAGAAAAAAUAAUCAGAAUUUGGCUGCCUGUGUAAACCGCAUAAGUGACACCACAGAUAUGAACGUUAAUCUUUCCCACCAUCCUUUGCGGACAACAUUUAUCUUGUGAUUUGUUUUAUGUGUGUGACUCUGGACUGAUGCCUCUAUCAUGUUUUAAAUCUUCCUGUCAAUCUCUAAUCUAUUCUAUGACUGCAACGUCACUCUUUCACACCCAACCUCUUCCCAGUGACUCGAAGGGCUUGAUUCUAUUUGCUACAGAUGUCCAGAAAUAUGUAAUAUAGAUCAGACAUACCUCUGAUAUGUAGAAUAAGGAAUCAAGUCCGCUCUAUUCGUGACAUUUCUUUAGGCAGUGUUCAGUAUUGCACGUGACCCAGGACUACCAGAUUGUUUCUUUUAAUGAUUACUAACUAGUGAGCACUUUAACCAGGGGGUGUUUUCUCUCCACACUGCUGUCUUCUGAUUCAUAUAUAUAUAUAUAUAUCAUACUAUUUAGUUUUCACAUAUCUGAAGGACUGUUUGUUUUCUAUCUGUUGUCUUAGCCAUGCAGUCUUUAUUAUUAGUUCUAGUGCCAAUAAACAAAAUGUUGAAAAUGACGACCACACUGACAUGUGAACCUGAGCAGAAUAACAACUGUGGUAAAUGUUUGCAUACAAUUGAUUAAACCCCAGAUUUGAUUUGCACAUGUAUAUAUUUAAGUAUAGAGAUUUAUAUAAGAAACAUUUUAUUUUGACGUAUUUUAACAGAUUUUUUUUCCUCAUAAGUAGACCUGUUUUUGCACUGACAUUUUGUAUGAGCACUGGACUGCAUGCAGAGAACUGAGUCUUUGCACAGUUCAUGUUCUCCACUACCAUGAUGAAUUUAAGUGAUUUGAGAUUAUUAUUGUAAUAUUUAUGAAAUGUUAAUUACACUUAGUUUAACAGCAGCAAAUGACAGUACAGACUUUUAUUUUCUUCAAUUCCAUGUACAUUUUAGUUUCCUGUGUGGAUUUAUGGAUUGAGAUUUUUAUAGACGAUUCCCUUUUCAACAACCUAACAAAACCAUUUACAUCUGAGAUAGGUUGCUGAAUGACAACACUGAAAAUAAAACCUGUCUAGAUUGUAUACAAAUUAAACUCUGAGAAAAUAUU